AGCUGCCAUCGUGAGAGCAAGGGUCGCGCCCGGGGCCGCGCCCUCGGCGAUGGGCUGGGUGGCCGCAGGCAAGGAGGCCUUGGUCCUGUUGCAGUUGGACGCGCUGCAGCGAUGCCAGCGCCUAUGACAGCAGUCGCCGUGGUUGCUUCGGUGCUGACGUUCGCCCAGCUUGGGAGCAGUGCAGCGCAGGCUGGGGUCGAGGCGGCCGAGGGCGAGGCCGCGCCCGGCGCGGCCGCGAGCGGCGGCCCCAGGCGGUGGCCGGGCGCCAGGCGGCUCGCGAAUGCCUCUGAGGCCCCGGGCCGCGAGGCGGACCCGACCGGCGCGGCGGCCCGGUCGUCGGGCGCCGCGAACGCCCUGGUCGUGUGCUUGCUGGCCGCGCCAGUGCUGCUCUGCGCCUGGCAGUGCUGCAGAAAGGCCGCGCCCGCCGUCGCGCGGCGGCUCGGCCGCCCCGCCCGCGGCGGCGCGGCGGCGGCGCGG